AAGUCAGAGAGCUGUUAGCUUGCUAACAGAAACAACUUUAUUGGACUUUUGAGACUACAUAUUAGACAAUAUGUUUCGUCUUAUAAAGAACUGUUUACUAUGGAGAAAAAACAACAAAUUAGAAGAACACAAAAAAAUACAAAGUACAGAGAGAAAGAAAAAUACUGUCACAUUCGAGAUGACUGCAGGCGGUGGAAAGCCACAGGUAGGAAAACAGACACCGGUAAGAAAAACUUUCUCAUUAGGAAAUAUGCUCAUCAAAAAGAGAAAGAUGAUGAGAGCCAUUAGAAAAAUCUGCUGCAGGGAAAGAGAAAACGGUGAGCAGAAUACAGAAAGCUGUGAAAAAAAUAGGAGCAAUGAAGAGAAAAACCCUAAAAGCAGUGAGUAUUCUGAGCAUGAAAAUGAAAACAAUGAAAGCAGUGAGGAUUCUAAGAAUAAAAACACUGAAAGCAGUGAGUAUUCUGAUGAAAACAAUGAAAGCAGUGAGUAUUCUGAUGAAAACAAUGAAAGCAGUGAGUAUUCUGAUGAAAACAAUGAAAGCAGUGAGGAUUCUGAGAAUAAAAACACUGAAAGUAGUGAGGAUUCUGAUGAAAACAAUGAAAGCAGUGAGUAUUCUGAGGAUCAAAAUGAAAACACUGAAAGCAGUGAGGAUUCUGAUGAAAACAAUGAAAGCAGUGAGUAUUCUGAGGAUCAAAAUGAAAACACUGAAAGUAGUGAGGAUUCUGAGGAUGAAAACACUGAAAGCAGUGAGGAUUCUGAGGAUGAAACGGAAAACACUGAAGCAGUGAGGAUACUAAUGAUGAAAAGGAAAGCACUGAAAGCAGUGAGAAGACUAAGGAUGAAAAUGAAACCACUGAAAGGAGUAAGUAUACUAAGGUUGAUAAGGAAACCACUGAAAGCAGUGAGAAGACUAAGGAUGAAAAAGAAUACACUGAAAGUAGUAGGGAUACUAUGGAUGAAAAGGAAAACACUGAAGUCAGUGAGGAUACUAAGGAUGAAAAGGAAAACACUGAAAGCAUUGAGAAAACGGAUGAAAAGGAAAACACAAAGCAAUGAGGAUACUAAGUAUGAAAAGAAAAACACUGAAAGCAGUGAGAAAACUGAGGAUAAGGUAAACACAGAAAGAAGUGAUACAACGGAAAAAACCCCACAAACUGAAGAGAUAACAAUGAGAUUUGAAGAGAAUCUCUGCAGCAAUUAUGAAAUUCCCAUGAGAGAUAAAGAAGAACACACAGAAAGCAGUGAGGAUUCGGAGGAUGAAAUAUUCAUAGAAUGCAGUGAGGAUUUGAAUUAUGAAAACCACAUAGAAAGCAGUGAGGAUUCGGAGGAUGAAAUAUUCAUAGAAUGCAGUGAGGAUUUGAAUUAUGAAAAACACAUAGAAUGCAGUGAGGAUUCGGCGGAUGAAAAACACAGAAAGCAGUGAGGAUUCGGCGGAUGAAAACCACAUAGAAAGCAGUGAGGAUUCGGAGGAUGAACCACUUUGUGCUUUUCUCAGUUACUUAAAGUUUGCUUAUAUAGGAUUGUCUGCUGAU